ACAAGCGCGUUUUGUAUUACGAUUAAAGAAAAUUGUGAUGUAAAAUACAGAAUAAUAAAUGUUUGUUGAUCAUCAUGGCGAAUCCUCGAAAAUUUAGUGAAAAAAUUGCUCUCCACAAUCAAAAGCAGGCAGAGGAAACAGCCGCUUUUGAAAAAAUUAUGCGUGAAGUUUCCGAUGCAACCAAUAAGCCAGAGGAAACUCCAAUACCAGCUCAAUAUGGGAUGAGUGGUGGGCGAAGUGGGGGCACAUCUCCAUCACGGACACCUGUACAAAGAGGCAGGGCCUCAUCUUCAGUUGGUCCCAUGAGAAGACCGGCCGAUCGAAAACAUGAUACUAGCCCUUAUGGAAGCACAGUCUAUUUGAGCCCGCCGCCGGAUAGCAGUUGGCGGCGUACGAAUUCAGACUCUGCGCUGCACCAGUCGUGCGGCGAGACGCAGCAGCCCGCACCACCACUCUCCCCCCACCACCCGCUUCAUUCACACGCGCACCCACAUCUCCACCCGCAUCAAAACCAUCGCAGAGGACCAGAUAUCCACCUCGAUGUGUUGGCAACACUAGGCAUGAAUCCAACAAAUCGUCCCCGCUCGUCUUGUGAAAUUCCGAGAAUACCAAACAAUAACAAUGUGUACGAGAGUGGUGGGGACGGCGGCGGUGGCGGGGGCGGUGGCGGUGGUGGGGGAGGCGUGGGGAGCGGCGGGCUGGCGUGUGGGGAGCUGCAGGUGCCGGGCGGCUCGCUGCCCGACCUCACCGCGCUGCACUACCCGCCACACGCAGUGCACGCAGCGCACUACCUGCCGCACCGGACCUUGCCGGACUACCACCCUAGAUAUGUACGCAAACAGAUUCCCUACCCAAGUCCCAGUUCCCCGGGCGGCGGCAGCGUGUCCCCGGCGACGGGCGGUCUGUCGCCGGCGUCGGGGUCGCCGGUGGGCGCCACCGUGCCCACACCGACGCCGGCCCUGCGCACGCACGACCACUACGACGCACAGGUCAGUGCGCACAGGCACAGAGACUACACGCACUACAGAGAUCCAGCGGCAACGGUGAGUCUAUACACAUUCAUAAAUAGAUUUAACGAUCAUUCUACUUAA